UACAAGUUUAGUUGUAUUGGAUUGACGUAAGGAGAGAGGAAAGGUAAAGGGGAGGGAAUUGGCUGGAAACACCCCGUUCACCGUUCAACUUCAGUCGUAGCUCAUUAGCCUCAUUUAAAAUUGAGAAUAAGUCUCAGCAAGAGCAGCAGUCCUAUAUCGGCUGCAGAAAAAUACAGGCUAUAGCUCAAGUCACUAUAUCGAACAGCAGGUUAACUAACGUAGCCUUUACAUUUGAAGGCAAGUAAGACGUAUUGAAACAUUUAUUCGAAAGGUCGAAAAACUUAAUUGAUCAUUUAUUGAUAGGCUAUUUAUUAGAUAUUUAUUAAGUUCACCCAUUUCGAUCGGGAAGAUGAACGGGAUUACGCGGAGCAUGUGUACAUUUGACGACAUCAGAACGGACGGUUCGAAGGAUGGAUGCAGGCGGCUCAGACUCACUCUGCACGAGCAGAACCAGCCACUUCGGAGCCCAGCCCAGCCCAGAAGCAGGCCGAUUGGCCGAGCUUUUGCGCUGGUGCAGCCGCCCACCGAGAGGCCGCCGCCCAUCGAGAGGCCGCCGCUGAAGGUCGAAUCGAUCAAGCCAACAGAAGAGAAGGUGGAGAUCAUUAAGGUGUACCUGGAGGGGCGUAAGCAGGAGCAGGCCAGGGACCAGCAGAACCUGAAGAUGCUGUCAGAUGAAGUGUCUCAAAUACAGGAGGUCAGGUACUGUCUGAAGACCCUGAGGGAGGUUAUGGCAGCUAGGAACAACAACAAUGGAGAACAUCGGUUCCCCCCCAAUGGCUACACGGUCCAUGUGCCAAGCAGUCAGCCGCGUGUGUCCAGCCACCAGGAGAACGGCACUGCCGCAGAACAGCAGGACUGGGAGGACGAGCAGGAGAGUGCUCGGCUGAGGGAAGUGAGUAAGCGUUUAUACGGGCAGCUUCAGGAGGCCGAGAGGAAGCACCAGGCGGAGAGAGAGAGGCUGCAGGCGGAGAGCGGUCAGUAUCGGCAGCAGCUGAGUGAGCAGGCGGAGAAAUUGCUGCGGGCGGAGGAGGGGGUGCAGACGCGGGACAGGCGCAUCGACGAGCUGCAGCGACUGCUGAACGGCAUGCAGCAGGAGAGCGCCACCCUGCUGGACAAGAUGAGGAAGAGCGAGGGGGAGCUGCUGCGGCUGCGGGAACAGAAGGAGGACACCCAGAGGUCCGAGCAGCUGGAGAAAGAGCUGGCCAUCAUGAAGGAGAAGAUCCAUCACCUGGAUGACAUGCUGAAGAGCCAGCAGAGGAAGGUCCGGCACAUGAUCGAACAGCUGGAGAACUCGCGCACGGUCAUCCAGGAGAGAGACCACAUGAUCCGGGAGCUUGAGGAGAAGGUGGCUUACCUGGAGGCGGAGAACAGAGAGCUGCAUGACCAGAUGGAUUACUUCCUCGGCGGCCAAAGGCCCAACUUAAAUAAGCCGUCACCAGAGCGUAGCCCACAGAUCGUCUACAGCAAACCACUCAGGCCCUCCAGUCAUGGCAACAAGUCUCUGCCCUUCAUCAAGGUCGUCGAAAUCAAGACCUGAGCCCCUUCAGAGGGAGGAGGGGCCGGCUCAAGGCCACAGUCACCACGGAAACACCUCAUAGUAUUAUCUACCCCUGUUCCUGGAACACACUCCCCCUGCAUGGCUCACACUCAUCUCUGCGCGGACACUGGCGUCAGUGUAGGUACCAACACGGAUGGAAGCGAACGUGGAGAUAGGCAUCAGCUUGCAGAGAUUCGCCUUUAAAAAAUAUUUUCCAAUAUCCUAUCAGAGUCCAUCCCAUUUGAGUGAACCGGUCUGAGUCAGACUUCAGCACAUAAUGUAGCGGAUGCGUAAUACCUCCAUUAGAUCAGCCCAGAGGAAAUGGAGUCUGUAUUAGGGCUGUCAGUGAUGAUAGCCGUGUUUGGGUCAGCGGAUAUAAUGCAGACUGUCAAGGCCUCCUCCUUCUCCCUGCGACCGAGAGACCGUAAAUCUUUUCAUUGAGUAGAAUAUUCCUGGAAGAAAACUCGGGUAAUUGAUUAAGAGGCACCUACAACGAUUGGGUUUUGGGAGUCUGGUCUGGGUCAUUGCCAAGAUGGGGGGGGGAGGGGAAGGAGAAGUGGGAGUGACUGCAGACUAGCCCUGGUGUAAAACCACAGCACUACGCCAGUGACGUAAUAAUGUACUGUUGGCACAAAGCACACCGUGUUAUUUGAGACCCAGGAAAAUCAGUCGCAUUCAUUCAUUCAGUCAGUCCGGUGAUUUAACCAAUGGCGUACAAGCAGUGCCGAGCUGAGAAAACCAGGAAGAUGAAGGUGGUCAGACAGAAACACUGUACAGUGAUACUAUUCUCACUGUGCAUACAGCCAAGCAUACAUAUGUGUGACACAGUCUGCUUUAUGUAACCUGUUGCAUUGAGGAAACUGGUGUCCCUAAAGCAAUGGAUCCAGUUAAAGGAGCAAUUAUAUAUUUCCCUGCGGGCUGACUUUCACACGCACUGGCCCAACCGCCUUGGCUCUGUGGUCCAGGUAUCACCACUGGAAUGGCUUGAGAUGGAGAGCAUGACAGACUGGAGUUGUGUGUGGCGGUUUCCAUGUUAAAUCAGGGGUGUCAGACUCCCCAGUUCUGGGAGUCCACGCGGUCCGUAGGCUAUCGGCGUGUUCCAGCGCUUAACUGAUUCAUUUAAAUCACCGCUUUACCAAGAGGUCCACACAUCCUUGGUUUCUAAGGCUUAAACUGGCUUCUUAUUGAAAGAGCACAACAGACACCACGGCCCUCCAGGACACACUGGAGUCUGACACCCCUGUGCCAUGGUAGGCUGGCCACUGUCCUUUCGCAUGUAAAUUAUCAGAUGAUGAUGAUGCUGUGACUUCAUUCAUUACAGCUGGACACGUCCUUCCAUUUCCACUCAUUCAGAUACAUAGCGGUUUUGUGAACGAGGGUUUCUCGCCCACUCUUUGCAGUCCAGUGCAGUAGAUUUACAGCGACUGAGCUGAUGGGGGGGCAACGAGAGACCACACCCAAGCACUUAUAGGAACAACAGCGAAGUCAAUUUACUCACUGGAUCUAUCACAAUAAUGAAGUAUGUUGGGAAUGAUGUUAAUUAGACACUAGUGUAGUAGUGUACACUUGUCUGUAGAAAGUAGCUGAAUUUUGUUCACUUAGAGCAUUUCAUUUCCUUUCCCAUAUACUAUAUUUAUGUUUGUAUGUUUUGAUUUUUCAAUGUCCUCAUUUUAUGAAAAGAAUUUGUCUAAUUUGUAGAAUAUUCAGUCAUCUAAUUCUCUUUUCCAAAAGAUUCCUUUUUGACAGUACAUAUCCGUAGCAGAUGUUAGCCUAGUGCUUUACCUGAAGGAAACUGCAUACCAUUUGCUGUGAAAAUUGUGAUGGAGGAAACAAGUAUACAUUUUAGUGUGCUUACGAUGACUGGUGUUCCUUACUAUGUUUUGGUUUUUGAAUAAAUAUAUUUAACCCAAGGGACAAAAUGCA